UUUGUCCAACAGCGGAGUGUUAUUUUAGGACAUGUCGUUAGUAAGGAAGGGAUCUCGACGGAUCCCGAUAAGGUGAAAGUCCUGGAGAAAUGGCCUACUCCAAACAACCUAUCGGACUUGCGUUCGUUCCUUGGCUGCACGGGUUACUACAGGCAAUACAUCCGGGAUUACGCAAGAAUUGCCGAACCACUUUAUAGACUUGAACGAAAGGGAACGGUUUUCAAGUGGAACGACGAUUGUCAGAAAGCAUUCAACAUUCUAAAGACAAAAUUGAUAACGGCCCCAAUACUGACCUACCCGAGACUCGACAUUCCUUUUAUUCUUGAUACUGAUGCCUGUGAUACGGGGAUUGGAGCUGUGUUGUCACAACGCCAUGGAGAAGACGAAAAGGUUAUUGCCUAUGCCGCCAGGUCCUUAUCAAAAGCGGAAAGGAACUAUAGUACUACUAGGAAAGAACUAUUGGCCCUUGUAUGGUCGAUGGAACAUUUUGCAUCCUAUCUAAUAGGAAAACCAUUCAGAGCACGUUCUGAUCAUAAUGCACUGAGGUGGAUAAGAAAUUUUAAGCAACCUAAAGGACAAGUAGCAUGAUGGAUUGAAAGAUUGUCCAUUUUUGACUUUGAAAUUGAACAUAGACCUGGACGUAGUCAUGGUAAUGCUGAUGGUGUAUCACGUAUACCUCAGGAUACUCGUGAGGUACAGAGUGGCCACGUAUGUAACGCAUCGAAUGGUAAUGACGAAACGAGCCCGUGGUGUCUGCGCUGGACAGCGAAGGAACUGAGUUUGCAUCAACACGAAGAUCCAGAGAUUUGUCGCGCGAUCGGAUGGGUGAAAGACGGUAAGCGACCACCGAAGGAGGAUAUAACACGUAUGGGUCCUCUAAUGGGCAAACUUUGGAGCAAAUUCGAUCAAUUGACGCUUGUUGAUGGACUUUUGUAUCGUAUUUUCGAGAACGAUAAUGGUAAUGACCGACAUCUUCAAAUUUGUUUACAACGAAAAUUAAUAAAAGAAGUUUUGGAGUUGACUCAUGAUAUUCCCAGCGCGGGUCACCUCGGUUCUCAGAGGUUAAAAGAAGUGAUAAAGAGAAGAUGUUAUUGCAGCGACUGGCAGUCAGAUGUCGAGAUGCAUUGCAAGAAUUGUCAGAUAUGCGCAGAACGAAAUGGACCGUCGAGAAAACGAUGGUAUUGGAUCAACCGGGAUACCCAAUGGAACGUGUUGCUAUGGACAUCAUUGGACCACUACCUAAAACCCCUGAUGGUAAUCGAUAUAUAUUGGUGGUCGUGGACUAUUUCACGAAAUGGCCGGAGGCGUACGCGAUUCCAAAUCAAGAAGCACGUAUCAUUGCACAAAAAUUGGUGGAUGAGUGGAUUUGUAGAUAUGGAAUCAUGCAGCGACUGCAUACGGACCAGGGGAGAAAUUUCGAAAGCGCGGUCUUCAAAGAGAUAAUCGAUAUUCUUGGGAUAAAGAAAACCCGAACAACACCAUACCACCCUCAAAGUGAUGGCCUUGUUGAACGAAUGAACCGGACUCUGAAAGAUAUUCUUUCAAAGUUGGUCAAUGAACGUCAAGAUGAUUGGGACAGAUGUUUACCUCAAGCAUUGUUGGCGUACCGGUCCACCGUGCAAACCUCAACAGGGUUCUCUCCACAUUUCUUGAUGUUUGGAAGAGAAACAAGAAUCCCAGUUGACCUAAUGACACCUGAGCCCCCUCAAGCAGAAGUACCACCGACUACAUCAGAGUAUGCGGAAAAAUUGAGGAAACGUUUUGAAAGAACAUACGAGUUGACCAGAGUAAAUACAAAGAAAUCUAGCGAGCGAUAUAAAGACUACUAUGACGCGAAGGCGAAAGAUACGACGUACAACGUCGGGGAGAAAGUAUGGUUGUAUGUACCAUUUGUCAAAAAGGGAAAGAAUUUGAAGCUAUCACGGCCGUGGCGGGGACCAUAUACGAUUGUGAAGAAAAUUUCAGAUGUGGUGUAUCGAAUCGAGAAAAAUGCCAACAAAAGGAAUAGGUUAGUAGUCCAUUACAAUCGUCUUAAACCGUGUUUUGAACGACUGUUGAAAAGUCUACCUAAUCGACCACCAAACGAGACGAAACUGCAAUCGAAAGAAACCACCGAAACGAGAAAAGAAAACGUGGAGAAUUGUAGUGGCCAAACCCCGCAAACGGAACCCCCAACCAACAGAGGAAAUGAUGAGGAUGAGUGGACAGUGAGGUAUUUUAGAAGAAAUUUGAGACAAAGUAGACCAAGUCGGGCAAUUAACGGGGAGGAACACGGACAAAAUUUACCUGAUGAGGUCCAAGAAGACGUACAACAUAUACCUGACGAAUUACAACAGGAUGGGCCAUUGAGUUUAAUGGAACAGGAUAAUCAGAGAGACGGUAGCGACGAGACAUUGCGAGAACCAGUAGAAGGAAACGAGGGACAGUCACAAGCCCCACCGGAAAGACCAGCGCGAACGAGAAAAAAACCAGCGUGGUUACGGGACUAUGAAUAG